AUGAGAUAAGGCUAUUGCUAGGCUAUUGCUAUACGAACCUCUGCAGAUAUAUUUACCAGAUCAUUUGAAGUUGGUUGCUUUAAGGAACACAACUGACAAUUUUCUAACACUGAGGUACACACAGGUACGCUAAAUAUCGACUAAAUUUGAGUUUGAUAAAAUUGUGAUAAUAAUACUUCUUGUCCUUAUGUGAACAUAACAUGUGAUUUUUGUAAGAAAAAGCUUAAAAACCUGAGAUCCAAACAGGUGCAAAAGUGAAAACACCUUAAUUCGAAUUUCUCAAUUUUUGUAAUUUCAAUCCCAAAUUUCCCCCCACUUGUAGCCACAAUGGGAUGAAUUAUUGUGCUAUUAUAUACCCGGUUAGUAAAAUAGCUUGCCCAGAGUUAUAGUUUUAUUUUGGGGAAAAAAAGUCUUUUCUUAAGUUAAGCAGAUACUUCGCACGACCGACAAAAGGGCGGGAAAUUUGGUGAGUGAAGAUUCAGAGUUUUUAAGCUUGACACCCGAGACGGUCAAUCCCGCACAAAGAAAACUGGAUUAAAAUUUCAUUGCAAGGAUUCAUAGAAGACUUAAGAGUUGUACAUAGUAGAUAGUACUUGUAACAACGCCACUCCGACUUCGCUGUUCAACAUUCUUUAAAAGCAUAAAUUUAGUACUGCUGUAAUUUGGAUCAAGUAUAAUGAAGGUCGUUGUGAAAAAAAUAUACUUAUAACACAGAAACAAAAAAAAAGAAGGUUAUUUUACAUUUUUUCUCGGAGGUGAAUAUCACACGAUAACUACGUGGCAGCCAAGUAAACAGAGCACGAGAAAAACAUGCACUUAUCACUGGCUUGGUAAAUACUACAACAACGUCACUUUAAACUGGUUCUUCCAUUAACUCAUGUCCUGGAUGGCUUUGAUUAAUUUUUCAUCUGAAAACUCCUGAUUUUGUUGAUAGUAUUGUUGAGUCGGUUAUUGCUGCCGGUGGAGUCUCGCUUUGGGUGACCUCUGUUUGCUGGGAUACCCAAUAAUGAAAAUUCCAGUUGCAGUGAGCAGAGAGGCCUUGUACCUCGCUUUCAUGUCAUAAAAACACAUAUAUAAAGGCUAUAUAAUGUCCCGGAUGGCAGGAACGCCCCCUCCCCAGUAGCUGGAGAAAUGACACAUUAAUCAGUCCGAUUAAAGCAUAAAACCAUUUAUUUCUUUCAGAAAUAAAUAUUCCUUAAAACACUCGGCCCUGCCUGUUUUACUUAGUAAAUUAACUUUACUUUGCUAAAUUAAGGUGAUAGUAGUCAAAACGAUCUCGAACGUUAACCGCAGAGACCCUCCUCAACGAAAACUGAAUAGAAAUUAUGGUUUUCAAGCUAUUUUUGUGUUUUGUUUCUCAACAGGUCAUUGUGCAAGGGAGCUGAAUGAAAAUGACACUGUUCAAAGAGCUCGUCGUGGCGGUCUUAUUUGGAAGUCUAACAGUCAAUUUCUGUACAUGCGCAGAUGAAAGCGCAGACCAAAGCAUAUGUGGUGAAUGUGACAUGAAGACUCGUUGUUUGGUAUGUGUUCAUGAAAUAAAGUGACUAAAAUAAGAUACGGGUAUGAUGCAAAAUUACAAAUAAAAAUAUUGCUUGGCACUCAUAGAAAUAUGAAUUUAUAGCAAGGAUUGCCUAUGUAAAGAGAAGCGUUUUUCAGCAGUUAAAAAGGUAGUAGUGCCCACGAAAGUUGCUUUUAUGCGCAACUCCAACAGAAGUAUUUUUAUUUGCGGAAAUCCAUGGCCACUUAUAGUGGUCUGCUUUUGGUAAAGAUGCCAUGCCAGCGCCAUGUCAGAAGCCGGACAAGCAAAAAUGAAGUUCACCGAAACCGUUAGAAGAAGCAAGGCGAUGUUUACAAUUUAUAUUCUGUUAUUUCCAAAAAGUAAGAUGAAAUUUAAAAAAAACACCUUAUCCUGUUCAUAUUUUUCUCUUUUGUUUGGGAGUGGUGUGAGGUGCACUCUUGACAAAUUAGUCCCUACGCUCAGACCUUACACAAUAACCUCGCAAAAUUCUCGUGACAGGGCUUCUUUUAAGUCUUCCACCUAGAGUGAAGGUAUAAAAGUGAAAGAAUACAAGGUAAUUAAAGGGGAAAUAGGCAUAUCACCAAGCACGUAUGUCUAGAAUAUCCUUUCAGUGGCAAAAAAUGGUUGAAAAUUGACCGCGGUUUUACAAAUUGACGAUAUGUGUUUUAUCGCCUUCACAGAAUGAUGCUAUUACUUGUCUGACUGGAAAAGGUGUUUCUAACCAAACCCAAGGUUAGCAAUUAUACCUUUUGGGGUUAGUUUGUUUAUUCAGUGCAUUAGUUUUGAGGUGUAAUUCUGAGGGAGAGUAGUACGUUUUUCUACAUACCCCACAAGAAUGAAAUCGAGGGCACGUAAAUUUGUCUUGAAGACGAAAUUGCAAUUCUAUCUCAGGCUAAAUUUUAAUAAAGGAAUAAAAGGAACAUAACGUUGAGGGGAAAAAGGCGCAAAGAGACGGAUUAUUCCCCCCUCGCCCACACACACACUUUCCCCAGAUAACUCCGCAUUCCGCAUAUCGUUUAACCUAUAAUAAUUCAUACGCCACAGAAUAAAAGCUAAGCUCAUUAAAAAAGCGUUUUUCUUUCCUUAUUACUUUUACUUUUUAGCAGCCUAUGAGGGGCGAUUUCGACAGCUGGAGCAAGAAGUAAGAGCCGUUGAUCUUACUUAAAGUGUUUAAGUCUUUUUCAUGGACCCCAAAUCCCAUCAAAUCGAUAAUUACAUAUUUCUGAUGAUAAUAAAGCCUUUCCUAACCCCUUAUAUGCUCAGAUCGACUGUGUCAAUAAAUGUCAAAUGUAAUUACUUUUCUGGAAGUGUUCCUUAAGAUAAUACAGAAGGUUCUUAGUUUUAAAGAGGGCAUUGAGGUGGGACUAUGAAUUCAGUGUUUAAGCCAAGGAGCAACCAUGAAAGACCAGAUAAAAUCAGUUGAAGAAAGUGGCAUUAAGGAACAAAACCUGUGCCAAAAGUGAAGAAGAAAGUGGCAAAACGCUGAUGAUAAAGACGUAUUAAUCAAGGAAUUAUUCAAGGAGAAUAGUUCCCUACUUUAUUUUAGACCACUUCCAUAUGUCAUCCUAUUUUUCCAGAUUGCCACUUUAAAAGCUCAGCUGUCUAAGGCAGGCCAGCCAGGUGGUUUCGCCAAGCUAGACCAAAAAGGUCGCCUUCCUCAGAACGUCCUCACGGCAGGCUAUGAUCAGUACUCGGCAUUCGAUUUGGCGUGGCAGUCAGUUCACAUGGCGGCAGCUGCGGCCUGCAGAGGAAGCACCCCUACAGGAGGAAGUGGUUGCUGCCAAAACCACGUUAUGGUUAGGAACACUGCUGACAAGAAAACCUGUAGCCAGAUUUGUUCCCAGAGCUCUUAUCCCAACUGCGAUGGAGAAGUUUCUGUCUAUGGAAGGGAACGUAAAGCCACCAAAAAUGGAGAAAUUGUGGGCUCCUUUUACAACUACCGCUGCAACGGUGCUUUAAACGGAGGAAGUGAGGCAUCUCAGGUUAAUGAGGCCAUCAUGAGCUCUUCUGUUUACUUUAGCUUCUGCUGUUGCCGAAAGUAGUUUGCACGUGCUGAUGUUUCAUUGUAUCAAGGUAGUAACGAGGGGUGAAUUUCUUUAGCACAUCAGCAAAAACUUUGAGAUGGUUAAACCCCCAAUAAAUGGCCACUGUAAACGUUUUUCUAUUCGUCUUUUAUUGCGUUUCUGUUCCGAACCUUGAAAUCCGUCAUUAGCUCUCUUACCACACGGUUACCGGCAACCUAGUACAGUCGAACAUCUCUAAUACGGACAACGAAGGGACAGAGAGAAGUGUCCGUAUUAGAGUGGGGGUGUCCGUAUAAAAGAGUUCACUAUGAUGACGUCACGUUUAUGAAUCCACAUACAGUUGUAAGUGUUCGUGAUCAAUAGCUAAAACCGGGCUCACACUUGUCUUUAAACUGCAUUUAAAGUUAUUAAUUCACAGUACAAAGACACUGUCUUUCAGUAGCAUACAACAUUGCGACGCAAAACACAAUUCUGAAUGCGUACUUCGCUAUUUUGCAUGUGCAGUAAACAAUAACUAGAGUACAAAAUGUAAUAGAAAAGAUCUUUAUGCUAUCCGUAGUUAUUGAGGCCUUCAAAAAGUCGGUUAUGUUCCUCUGUACACCUUUCGCAAAUCGUUGUUUGUUAUACAGCGACUGGGCUUUAUAUCACCUCGCAUAGCUCAUCAGCCAGACUAGACGGGAUUCACCCUGUGCAGAUUCACCUGAUCGGGAUUCGUGAUUCACCUGAUCACCGCAGUGUCCAUAAUAAAGAGGUCAAGUUUAUAUGAAUUUACUAUCUGGGGCCGAGAUUUAAUGUCCUUUGUCCGUAUUAGAGAGAUAUCUGUAUAAUAAAGGUUUUUUAAAAAGAAAAUUCACGAGAGUUUUGUCGGGACAUUAGAAACUGUCCUUAUUAGAGAGGUGUCCCUACCGUACAAUCUCUCCUCCUCUCCACAUGUCAAGUAGCAUGACUGUAUUUCUGUGAUGCAUUGAAUUUUUAUCCGCUUUUUUAUGACUUGCGUUGGCAGCUUUUACUGCGGUAAUUUACGACAGGUCCAGUUUUUUGUACCACUGAUUUUAGACAACCAAAAGUCGAUAUUAUUCCUCAGAUCGGUAUUGGCAAAAUCUCAAAAAUGUCAAGGCAUUCGCCUUCGUCUGCCUUGCAAACUUUCCACUUCUCCCCUUCUCUUCAAGAGGUCUCAUGGUCUGUAAAUUUCUUAUUUUCACUGUAUAAGUUUCCCUGCUAAAAUUGUAAGUUUCCUAUUCAACAAUUCGAUUAAAUUCUGUGGUUUUUUUUGAGCAAGCAAACUUUAUUUUAUUAAACAUAAUAUUUAGUUUAAAAUAUUGCGAAAAAAUGAAAAAGUUAAAAUUGGCUAAAAUGUUAUUUAUUUUAGAUGUUUCGAUAGUUUAUAGAGAUCUUCUUCAGCUAAAACUGAAAUAGAUUUCUGAAUUUGAGAGAGCGAUUGGGCAACGAAAUCAAAUACAAAACCGUGGAUCCUUAUCAUGAUUGUUUGGAUUGAAAUUUCUUUACCGGGAUAAACAAUAAUUCGACGAAGUUUGACGGAGACCGGUGCAACAUCUCUUUGUGGAAGUUCUGUCCAGAAAACUUGAACGCGUAAAGCUUGUAUGCAGUUGGGAGAUCAAGUUAGCCCUUCCUAAACGGUGAUCGAGUCGAUACGGCUUAGCAAAAUUCCAAUUCUUGAAGAAAAAUUCAGGCUAGAAGUAACAAGCAUUUUGUUCCACGAAGAGAAAAAUAUGAAGUGCUGUUUUGCUGAGCUAGGCGCUGCCAUCUAAUUGGUUGAGCGAAACAUUAGUGUGACAGGGGUCACAUGCAGGAAGUUAUAUUACCCCUGAAAGGAAGUGAGCCGGUUGGAUUACUGGUAAAGGCGGGUCUAUGGUUGUCACAUUAACUUUAAUUUAUCCUGUUGUAUAAAUUAGCUAUAAAGGUAUUUCUAUUUGUACCAAAAUCAAAGGGUAAACCCCUUUCAAAAAUCUAAUUUGUCAACUAAUCUAGCCUAAUACAGAUAUUUCUAUGGUCCGGAAAUUCUAGUUUUCCAUCUAGAACUAUAAAAAAACCGCUAUCCCUGGGACUAUUUUGCCAAAGAAACUAAUAAUUGAAAGAAAUAUUUCUUUUGGUACCUAGAUCACUUGUUGAUUAACAACUUGACAAAAAGCUAAUCAAUUUUCCCAUUUAUUUUGUAAAAUUGAGAUUUUUAUACGUUUACCUCUUGCCAUGCAACAAUCACUUUCAGGAGUUUAUUCUAGAAGCAAUCGCUUCCCGCUCACAGUCUACUACACUCAGUAUUGAUUACACUCAUUUAUCGGACAAUUCGAUUUCUCAGCACCUCUCCGUUUUUUGCAUCAAGGAAGAUUAGAUAAGAUUAGGGUGGCUCGAACCUAUUUAUAUGAGUCGGUUAAACAAUUUAAUCCAUUUCUAUGAUUUUUGGCAUCCUUAAUAAAAAUUGUGGAACUUUAUGAAAAUUUUUGUAUAUUUUUCUGUAAGUUAAAAAACGUGUGAGAUAUCGGCAUUCAUUCAAAACCGCAUUUUUAUAAAAAAUGUAAAUAUCUCAGAAAUCCCACGACAGAUUUUUCCUUUUCUUCAGCAAAUAAGCCUCAAGAUCGUGACCAUAAAGCUCACUGUACAAGAUGCUAGUCAAGUUUAACCUUAGAAUGUUAAGCUUAAAGAUCUGACCCACAAAUAGUUGAAGAGCGAGACGGACUAUCUCCUAUCUGAAAGGGUACUGUUACCCAAAACUUUUUUCCAUGAAACUAAGUAAUCAGAAGCCUACGGCGAAUACAAUAAACACAAAGAGAAAAAUUACUUUAUGCUGAAUGCGGGUUGAUAUUAAAGAACUUCUAUUCAACCAACUUACUUUGUAUUUGUCACCUUUCUUUUGAAAACAAAUCUUAACAAAGCAAAAUGUAGCAUUUACGGACGUCGACCUACCAGUUUUUAGCACCAAACGUUCCCGUUUUGAGAAGAAAUAAAGCCACCAACUCCAGUACUUCUUACCAGCCAUUUUUCAUCUGCAAUAAAAACUCGUUUACUUGGUGAUUUAUUCAAGCUUUUUAGGUUUGCCAUCACAUUCGCAUGGAGAGUUUGCCAUUAGGGAUAGUUAGAAGAUUAAGACGAUUGUCAUAUUUUCCUUCAUUGUUUUCUCCAAGUGACAAACUUCCCGCGCGAAUGUGAUGGCAAGUUUAAAAAGCUUGAAUAAAUUACAAAGUACAAGGGUUUGUCAAUGCAGCUGGAAAAUGGAUGAUUACAAGUACUAGAGCUAAAGGCUUUAUUUCCCCUCAACUGGGACCUGCGACGCUAAAAGCUCUUGAGAGUUUUUUGUGUAUGCUAUAUUUUGCUUUGUUACGAUUUAAUAAUUCUGAAAACGAAACGCACUACGCAAAGAAGGUUUGAUGAAUAGAAGUUCUUCAAUCUCACCUCGCAUUCAACAUAAAGUUUUUCUUCUUCAAGUACUUACUGUAUUCGCUGUAGGUUCCUGGUUACUAACUUCUUGCAAUGGAGCUUUUCCGUCGGUACUGACUGCAACUUUUAAAAUUUGUACGUCAACUUUCACAAAUCAGUGUUAGCGUCUAGCAUUUUAUGAAUAAAUUUGACCAGAAUUUUUUGCAUCGAGUUGCAUGUUCACUAUUGAUUUCAAACUUGCAGAUACAAAACUUGAGAGCUGUGCGGCUUAUUUGCUAAAGUUAAGGAAAAAUCUGUCGUAGGAUUUCGAAGAUACUUUCAUUUUUUAUAAAAACGCGGUUUAAAUAAAUGCCGGUAUCUCACACAUUUUUUAAUACCUACAGGAAAAUGAAUAACAUAUUCUAAGAGUUCCACCAUUCUUUAUCAAGGAUCAAAGAUCAUAGAAAUCGGUUAAGUCGUUCUAGCUGAAAACGCGAUUAAAAACCUAACCAACACGCAUAAGAAUAGGUUCGGGCCACCUUUACAGAAAAACACAUUACUGGAGCUGAAUAGGACAGAAGCUCUGACAGACUUAGCAGUAGUUUAGAAAGAGUAAAUGCUUUUGAAAGGUAGAAUGUUUACUUUUAAAAUACUUAGUUCGCGUGGCAGGCGCUUGGAAGUAAAGGCCCAAGAAAGAACGAGGCAUGCGAGUGAGACUCGCGAGGUGAGAGGGAACGAUGCCCGAGAGGCCCAUGAAAAUCGCUUUUACUCGCUUUCUGAGAGUGCGGAAAAUUCCCAUUGGUUAAGAGACUUCCGAGAGGAUAAAUGUUUACGUUUAAUAGGCGAGAAAACUGUCAGUCGAUCAAAGAAAACACGAGAUCGUUUGUAAACAUGUAGUGCAUGGACAUACAAAGCAGUGAAGGUCUCAUGUGUGUGUGUGUGUGUGGCUGUAAUCUAAAAGAAAAGUGGGAGUGUUCAAACGUUACUUACAAAGGAACGAUUUGACAUCAAAUACGCAUUACCAGAAGCGACGACAAAAGAUUGCCGAAUCGUUGAAAUGAAGAUUGGAGGAAAUAUUCUUUGUUCAAAAAGAACUAAGCGGCUUGCAUUGUGAAUGGGACGUAGACCAUCAAGACAUGGACAAGAUUGAUGAAAUGAAACACCUACCAGGGGGAUGAAUUUGAAAAACCUUUCGCUGUUGUUAUCAUUAAUUGCUCGAAGGCGACCUGACGUCUAAUGUUACUGCAGCGUCCGUUAAGUAAGGGCCUGUUUACAUGGAGGUGAGGGACCCCAUAUAGGUGAGAUAACAUGCAGCGGGUCACCCCACCUAUAAUGUAAACGUGGUCAAAUUAAAAUGAGAGAUUGUAUGGACAGGCGAGUUAUAUUACCCCACCAAAGCGGGUUACCUCAUCUACCUGAGGUCCCCCAACCUCCAUGUAAACAGGCCCUAAGAUAUGUCUGCUCCAAAAACGGCUCCCACAUUGCGCCGAAAUAGCAAUGGUCAUUUUCCACGUAAGGUGUGAUCUUUGGUGCCUGUACAGUUGUCAUUUUGUAAUCUAUGAGAACAAUAUUUAUGUUACACACAGCAUGCAUUCUUUAACCAAUAUCGAUUUUUUUUCGUCUUCAACUUUAUUCAUUCAAUCUCAAUUUACAAUUUCACGAUAGCUUCCACCCGCGUAUAGGAGAGCCUGAUCGAGGCGGGGGAAGAGACACACAAAUUUAAAGAAAGGAAAAGAAAAAAGAAAUAUUUUACAAACAGUACCAGCUGUCGUAAAAUAACGAUUAUAGUGUUAAUAUCAUAGGUGACGAAUUACUCCUUAAUUUUGGCGAGAAAUUUCAGCGUUAAUUUGUAAUUUCACAUGUGAAAUUACAAACUUGCAAUGGCAACUCUUCCGUACGUCUCAGUGUCAAGAUGGCGACGAAGUUUUAAAAUGCCCUGAAUGAAGAUGUCAGGGCACAAAAAGACGCUUUAGAAAACCUGAACACACAAGAGAACAUCAAGAAGGAUUCUAACAGGUAUUUUGCAGAAAAAGUCUGAAAAAUUCUGAACUUUAUAAGCCAAAUUUUUAGACCUUAAAAGGUCUAAACAUUUGAGAGAGUGGAGUUCUCGAUCGAUACGAUCCAGGAUAAACAUGUCAAAAAUCCAAGAUUGCUAACGUAAUUCGUCACCCAUGAUAUUAAUAGGAGAUCGAAUGGUAUACUCGUGAAAUUAGGGAAUAAUUUCACUUGCGUUUUGUCUAAAUCCUAAUAAUUUCCCUCGCCUGAAGGCUUGGGAAAUUAUUAGGAUUUGGACAAAACGCAAGUGAAAUUAUUCCCUAAUUUCACUCGUCACCAUUUGAUUACACAUACGUAUCAAGCUAAUUUAAUUACAAUAUGAUUUACACAGAGAAUGUAAGUUUAGUCGUGUUCCUUAGCUUGUUAAAUUUAAGUUGAUGCAUGAUUUCAGUGAUUUCAAGAUAGUCAUCAGACUUAGAUAAAAUUUCAAAGAGCUUAUUCCUUAUAUUUUUUCCGAAAGGUAGAUUUCGGUGAGUUUCUCAUAUCUGAGGGAAAAGAAUUCCAGAGUUUUGGUCCAACUCUUAGAAAAGAACUAUGCAUUUUUUCAAGCCUUCAGUGUUCGGUAUACUGAAAUCAUCAUUGAGAGAAGAUCAGGUAGGAUAUGAGUGCACCUCAGAAAUCCUAGUAAAGGCUCGCUUGAUAUUUUCAGGUGUAGAAUUGUUAGCAACGUCCCACAUGAUACUAACAAAGACAAUCAAAGUAAAUAAAAGAUAGAGCAAAGACUUUCGAAUUUAAGAAAAGUGGUACAGCAUGUAGUCUGCUACACAGCCGUUUUUAGUGUCGUCACGCAACGCUCCUCCUCCUUAGUGGGGAGGAGCAUUGCGUGACGACCCUAAAAACGCCUGUGUAGCAGACUAUACAGCAUGUUGCUUAUAAUCCGUAAAGUAAAUCAUGCGUAGGGCUCAUUUUUGAAUUAAGAGUAUCUUAUUUCAAUAAAUUUUAGGUGCGGAGCCCCAAGCACAGACGCCAUAACAAAGAUAGGGGUUAAUAAGGCAUAGCUCUAUAAGCAGAUAACCUAGCGGGUCUUUAUAACAAAUAGACAGAGGAUGUAAAUGGACAACGCUUUGGCACGCUUUGUUUGUGUGAUGUCAAUCGUUUUCUGUCAAACUUUUUGACAGAUCACGCAGCGGCCGCAGGUAAUUGGAUAGCGAGUCGGGAAACGAUUUUUAUGGGUCUCUGACUCUCAGGUAGGCACUGCCUCUCCCCUCGAAAGUCUCUCUCGCGCGCCUUGUUCUUUCCUGCUUCCACCUGCUAGCCUUCCAAUUAAUCUUUCUUGCCAAUUUUGAAUGAUAAGGUUACCAGGUGGGAUCUUUUUCGUGCGAAAAUUGAGAAUGGAAGGAAUAGUGUUAAAUUAAACCUGGAUCACAAAUAAUUCAUAGAUUUAGUGUUUAACUAAAUCAUAACCAAUCUAAACUAAAAUAUACAACGUUACAAUGUACGUAACCGGAAAAACGUCUCUUUUCUGGGCACAACCAUCAACUCAUAUAAAGUUUGUUUCCUCUUCCACAAGCUUAAACGGACUUGUCAGGACUUGUGCAGACAUAGCCUCCUCUAUUUGGCGAUUUAGUGAUGUGCAUUUUUAAACCAAGUGAGAAGGCAUGGUAAAUAAAUAGUUUAGUGAAAUAUUAGACAAAUUAAGGUGGCGAGAGACUUGCGUUCACAAGGAAUUCUGUAACGGAAUGAAAAAGACCUCACUUGCGAGGUUAUCUCUACUCUGAAUCAUACUCCAGCAUUCUCAAACAAAAAGAAAAAAAUCGUCUUUAGUUUUUACGCUAACGUUGGGUGAAAAAAUAUAUAUCAACAGCAUUCGAAAGAAGAUUUUCUCUGCAUACAGUUUGUUCAGCUGUCAGCGGAAGUACGUAGCUUCAGUUAAAUAUCAGUUUAACUACGUGAUACUUAUUCCGAGCAUGACGUCAUCAAGGUAAGCACCGCUAAAAGGCAACUGUGUCAUUAUUAUACAAACAGCGCAUAUCUUUGCACCAGCAAUACGACAUUGCAAUUUGUUUUAGACGGAAUAGAAAUUUUAUCUUUUACUUGAAAUUUUGAAACCUGAACAUUGCAUUGCUCUAAUGGGAUCUAAAUGCUAAAUACUGAGAUGAGAAAACAUCAUUAAGCAAAUUGUCUUUCUCGACCUACGAUUUGUACAGCUUUAGGUCAAAAGCAAAUUCAUUAACGUAGUGAAUUUGCUUUUGAAUAAUGAGAUAAGGCUAUUGCUAGGCUAUUGCUAUACGAACCUCUGCAGAAAUAUUGUCCGGAUCGAUCAUUUGAAGUUAGUCGCUUUAAGGAACACAACUGACAAUUGUCUCUCAAGGUACUCACAGGUACGCUAAAUAUAAGGUUGAUAAAAUAUUGAAAUUAAUACUUCUUGUCCUCAUAUGUACAUAAAAUGUGAUUUUUGUAAAAAAGAAAAAGCCUAACAGCAAAACAGGUGCAAAAGUGGAAAACACCUUAAUUCGAAUUUUUCAAUUUUUGUAAUUUCAGUCCCAAAUUUCCCCCACCCCCUUGUAGCGACAAUUAUUGUUUUAUCACAUUCCCGGUUAGUAAAAUUGCUGUAGUUUAUGUUGGAGUCUCCCUGACCGUGCACAAUCUUUCGUUUUCUGUUCACAAAUUAUUACUGAAUUAAUUAAUGCAGUGUUUCUAUUGGUCAGUAACUUCAAAAUGAUAGGAAUGCAACUGAACGUUGUGUACGGCCAGGUCCAAAAAAGCUAACAAAAACCUAUAACAAACGGUUUCCCAACCAUUUCACUUCAAUUAACUAUGACUACAACAACGUCACUUUAAACUGAUGUUUCCGCUAACUUAUGACCUUGAUGGGUUUGGCUAAUUUUUCAUCUGAAAACUCCUAAUUUUGUUGAAUGCAAGUGUAGUUUAAGUUCCACUGCUCCUAUUGAAUAACUCGGCGCGAAAACUGAACUGAAAUUGUUUUCAAGCCAUUUUUUUUUUUUCUCAACAGGUCAUUGCACCAGAGAAUUGAGUGAAAAAUGACGCUGUUCAAGGAGCUCGUCAUGGCGGCCUUAUUUGGCAGUUUAACGGUCCCAUUCUGUACGUGCGCAGAUGAAAGCGCAGACCAACGCACAAAUGGUGGAUGUGACUUGAGGACUCGUUGUUUGGUAUGUGUUCGUGAAAUAAAGUGACUAAAAUAAGAUAGUGGUAUGAUGCAAUUUUCGAGGUCAGAGUAAUCAAAAGGUGAAAAAAUAAUUACAAAUAAAAAUAAUUCUUGGCACUCACUAAAAUAUGAAUUUUGUCAAGGAUUGCCUAUGAAAGAGAAGCGUUUUCCAGCAGUUAAAAAGGUAGUAGUGCCCCGCGAGAGUUUCUUUUAAGCGCAACUCCAACAGAAGUACUUUUAUUUGCGGAAAUCCAUGGCCACUUAUAGUGGUCUGCUUUUGGUAAACGGUGACAAUGCUAUGUCAGUACUGUAAGAAAAGACGUCUCAAUUGGAAUAAGGGAAAAUCGACCGUGGUUUCACAACUUGACGAUAUGUCCUUUACCGCCUUUACAGAAUGAUGCUAUUACUUGCCUCUCUGGAAAAGGUGUCUAUAACCAAAGCCAAGGUUAGCAAUUAUGCCUUUUGUAGAUAGUUCGUUUAUUUAGUACAUUAGUUUUCAAGAGUAAUUCUGAGGGAGGGUAGCACGUUUUUCUACAUACGCCACGAUAAUGAAAUCGAGCGCACGCAAAUUAGUCUUGAAGACGAACUUGCGACUCUAAGUUUUAAUAUAAACCUGUCCAAUGAAAUGCACAUUGUUGUCCAUCAGGACUGUUUCCCUCGGGAUCUGACAUUAAGUGUGUAAUAUACGCCACAGAAUAGAAGCUAAGCUCAUUAAAAACUUUUCUGUCCUUAUUAUUUUUACUUUUUAGCAGCCUAUGAAGGACGAUUACGACAGCUGGAGCAAGAAGUAAGGGCUGUUGAUCUUUCUUAACAACAACAACAAAUUUUAUUGAAAAUUGGAAAAUAACUAAUUACAUUACUUUCCCACCCUCAAAUAGCUUAUAAACUAAUCGAGGUGGGGGAAGCUGAGAACAUAUUAUAAACAAGAUUUAUGUAUAGAUGGACUAAAUAACAGUGAAGACACUAAUAUACAGUAAAUAGAACUGAUGUAAACUAACAUUAAACAAGGCAAGUACAUAACGAUUACGAAGAGAGGCUAACCUGAAGUAUUAAAUAACUUAAUAAGACGGGAGACUUCGACAUAAUCAUCUUCUGACAGCAAGAAAUUUAGUAAUAAUUCCUUUAUUUUCUUACGAAAGGACGAACGUUUAAGUAUUUUAAUCGAAUAAGGAAUAGAGUUCCAAAUUUGGGCACCGAUUCUCGUGAAAAAGGCAUACAUUUUAUCGGUUCUAGAGAACUUAACGUAAAACGAGUCGCUAGAGACAGAUCUUGUUCUGUAGCUAUGAAUCUGACUACUUGUUUGAACGAACUCAUUGAGUAUACUAACUGCUGCAGUCUGUUUGUUGAUAUAAUACAAUAAAUAGCUACAAUCUCUGAAAAACAGGCUAGGCAGGGGAAGGCAAUUUGAUUUGAGAAAGCAGGGUACGGUGUGUUCCUUAGACUUACUGAAGUAAAUGAGACGUAAGGCCCGUUUUUGAAGAGUUACGAUCUUUCUUUGAAAUGUCAAGGCCCAGUUUCCCCAACCACAAAUACUAUAAGUCAUGUAAGGGACAAUUAAUGAAUUGUAAACUAAAAGUAAAACACGACGCGGGACAUAAUGUCGAAUCUUAGCUAUAAUUCCUAUCGACUUGCUGAUUUUGUGACAGAUAGAUUCGAUGUGGUAUUUCCAUGAAAGAUUUGAAUCAAUCAUUAAGCCAAGAUAUUUUACAUAAUCUUUCAUUGCAAGGUUUGCGUGGGUGUUAGUCACGGAGUCAAGAAUUCUAAUCCUAGGUAUGAAGGGCAUAUUCUUUUGCCGGGGACGAAAGAUUAUAAAUUUUGAUUUUUUUAUGUUCAAAGACAGUUUGUUGGCCUUUAGCCAUUCGUUGACGUUGCCAAGCUCGCGAUUAACAAGUGUUUCGAGUUCCUUUAGGUUUUUAUUUGCAAGUACUAUACCAGUGUCGUCAGCAAAUAGAUAAAAGGAAAAUAACGAAGAGGACUUGUAAAUAUCAUUGAUGUACAGUAGGAAUAAGAGUGGUCCGAGGACUGAGCCUUGUGGCACGCCGCACAAGGUCGUCUCAGCCUCAGACACAACAUUAUUAACUUCCGUAGUUUGCUUUCGAUCAGUCAGGUAUGAUCUGAACCAGGAGUUGAUUACACCUCUAAUACCAUAAUUUUCAAAUUUAGCUAACAAAAUCUCAUGGUUAACAGUAUCAAAAGCCUUCUUGAGAUCGAUGAAAACACCGCACGAAAAUUUACCGUUGUCCAUAUUUUGGAGAAUUGUGUUAACAAUAUCAAGUAUAGUAUGCUGAGUACUUUGCUUACUGCGAAAACCGUAUUGCUGGUCAUAGAGAACGUUGCAAUCUUUGACAAACUUGGUGACUCUGGAGUACUUAAGUGUUUUAAUCUUUUUCACAUGAAAAACUGUCAAUAUGGACAUUGACUCCCUUGCGAUCGAUAAUUACAUAUUUCUAAAUGAUAAUAUUUUGUUAAUAAAUUCUUCCUUAACCCCUUAUAAGCUCAGAUCGAGCGUGUCAAUGAAUGUCGAAUGUAAUACUUUUCUGUUAGUUUAGAUAAUAUAAAAGGUAUAAAGGGGGCAUUGAGGUCAGACCAUGAAUUCUGUGUUGCAGCCACGAGGCAGCCGUUAAAGACCAGACAAAAUCAGUUGAAGGAAGUGGCAUUGAGAAACAUAAACUGUGCCAAUAGCGAAGAAGGCAGUGGCAAAAUUAGCAUUGGAACUGAAAACAAUUACGGUUUUCCUAAUAGUCAGACACGUUCGUUGUCAGUUUCAAACCUUACGAUUCCUUCACUCUAUAGCACGAGUAAAUUUCAGGUCAAAAAAGAUGGAAAAAAAAAACAGUAUUUGUCUUAUUAUUUUUGGAGACUAGUUCCCUACCUAAGUUAAGACCACAUCCAUAUGUCAUCCUAUUUUUCCAGAUUGCCAUCUUAAAAGCUCAGCUGUCGAGCGCAGGUAAGCCUGGUGGUUUCGCCAAGCUCGACCAAAACGGCCGCCUUCCUCAGAGCGUUCUCACGGCAGGCUAUGAUCAGUACUCGGCAUUCGAUUUGGCGUGGCAGUCAGUUCACAUGGCGGCAGCUGCGGCCUGCAGAGGAAGCACCCCUACAGGAGGAAGUGGUUGCUGCCAAAACCAGGUUAUGGCUAGGAACACCGCUGACAAGAAGACCUGUAGCCAGAUUUGUUCCCAGAGCUCUUAUCCCAACUGCGAUGGAGAAGUUUCUGUCUAUGGAAGGGAACGCAAAGCUACCCAAAACGGAGAAAUUGUGGGCUCCUUUUACAACUACAACUGCAACAGUGCUUUAAACGGAGGAAGUGAAGUAUCUGAGGUUAAUAAAGCCAUCAUGAGCUCUUCUAUUUACUUUAGCUUCUGCUGUUGCCGAAAGUAG